CAAUGGAAGUAAGCAUAGAAUGGUUGGUAUGGACUUUGGCUUUGCUUCCGUCUCCUCUUUCUCUGUUUGGGGUUUUGUCUUGUGAAUUUCGCAGCUAUUGUAAAUGUAAUUGUUGUUAGUACAACACUAUUUAGAGUUGGUAGGUUGCUUAACACAUACAAAAGCCAAUUCCUUUCUAUUCUGUCCUUUGGAACUACCAAAGCUUCAAAACUUUCUAUCUUUCUACGUAUAAAUACCUCUCAAAAAUUUCAAAACCCCCCAACAAUCUUUCUGGUCAAAUCCCAUCAAAAUUUCCGCCUUUCUUCAAUUUCUUGUUCCCAAUUCUACUAUGAUCUCCUCUCUCAAGCAGUCAGCGUGUUCUUCGAUCGUCCAUGGCUCCGAUUUUCCCACUUCGAGGAGAAAUUUGGCCACCGCCCGGUGUUUGCCGGUGUUGCCGUCGCCGCUAGGGCUUCGCCGGCUCUCAGCUGUUUCUCUCUCUAAACCGCUGUACAUUACAUCUAUCGAAAGAAAGGAGCGCUCUCCGAUCACCUGCGCGGCGUAUGAGGCCGAGCGGUCGGAACCGGUGCUGGAUGCGGCGGCGGCACGAUCUGAGUCGGCGAGGAAGGUUAAGAUCGGAAUCUACUUCGCCACGUGGUGGGGCUUGAAUGUGAUCUUCAACAUAUACAACAAGAAGGUGCUGAAUGCGUAUCCCUAUCCAUGGCUGACGUCCACGCUGUCGCUGGCGGCGGGCUCCCUCAUCAUGCUAGUCUCCUGGGCGCUGCGGAUCGCCGAGACGCCUAAGACUGAUCUCGAAUUUUGGAAAUCGCUUCUUCCAGUAGCUGUUGCGCAUACAAUUGGGCAUGUUGCCGCGACUGUGAGCAUGUCCAAGGUGGCGGUCUCCUUCACUCACAUAAUCAAGAGCGGCGAGCCUGCUUUCAGCGUCUUGGUUUCAAAAUUCAUUUUGGGGGAGAGCUUCCCGCCGGGGGUUUACCUCUCGCUUCUUCCGAUCAUCGGCGGCUGCGGUCUGGCUGCUCUCACCGAGCUUAACUUCAACAUGAUUGGUUUCAUGGGGGCCAUGAUCUCGAAUUUGGCGUUUGUUUUCCGGAAUAUAUUUUCCAAGAAGGGCAUGAAGGGGAAAUCAGUCAGCGGAAUGAACUAUUAUGCUUGCUUGUCAAUGCUUUCUCUAGUAAUUCUCACUCCCUUUGCAAUUGCUGUGGAGGGACCACAGAUGUGGGCUGCAGGGUUUCAGCAUGCUUUGUCUGAAAUCGGACCCCAGAUCGUUUGGUGGAUGGCGGCCCAGAGUGUAUUUUACCAUCUCUACAACCAGGUGUCAUACAUGUCGCUAGACGAGAUUUCUCCUUUGACAUUUAGCAUUGGAAAUACAAUGAAACGUAUUUCGGUCAUUGUCUCCUCUAUCAUUAUUUUCCAGACACCUGUACAACCCGUCAAUGCACUUGGUGCUGCGAUAGCAGUUCUUGGCACUUUCUUGUAUUCUCAGGUAAUUUUCUCUCUUUUAGUUUUGCCUUUUGUGGUAUUUGUUGUAUGAUAACUCUGUCGCUGCUUGCUUCCACUAUCAAAAAGAGUUUGACCUGCACAAAUGACACUAUGACAGUGACUACAGGGAUAAGUAGUUUUGUUGCCUUCUUGUUCUGAUUCUGUCUUAUCUCGUGAUACAAUCUUGUUCGUCAUUAUACUAGUAUAUGCCACGUGUAUAAUAGUUAGUGCAUGCGGUGCGCACUGAUGAAAUGAGUGUCGGGAUAGGAUUAAUAGUAAAUAGAUGAUCUAGCGCGGUUUUCUCGUUGAAAGUGGUAUCUUCCUAAUUCUAUUCUUAACUGGUUAGCUGCAAUCACCUUUGUUGUGCUUAGUGGAGUAAUUAGGUCAUUGCACAAAUAUCCCCUUUCUAUAUAAGAAGAUAUUGGUCAAAUAUCUAAACUUCUAUAUACAAUAGCAUCUUGAAAUAUGAAUAUGAAGUUCAUCUGUAUCGAAGAUCUACAAUCAACGAGAUAGGACAUCCAAACACGAACUAGUUGUGACCAACCAAUUUUGUCGUAUGGUCAUUGAUACGUCCUUACUAUCAUCUUCCUCAUCAUGAAAGUCUUGUGCUCGUUUUCUAUGAUUUUGAUCCUGAACCUUCUUAGCUACAACUGUAACUGUUGCGACCAGACAAUUAUCUUCAUCUCGAAACUGAAAGUGGCCUAGUACUGAAAAAAUUUCAUGGAUGCCUAGAUUUAACCAUCAUCUACUCUGCAGGCGAAGCAGUGAAGACGGGGGAGCUGGAAAUCUGUAGCAUAAACGGGUAAAAUUGUGGCGUGCUUGAAGAUGGAUAGAGUCUCGUCGCUGGUGUCGAGGAAACGAACCACGUGCGUUAACCAAGUGGAGCAGCGGCUUCACUUGUAGAUAGUAAUAAUGAGUUCAUUUAUAUAGCUUUGAUUAGGGAUCUUGUUUUGCAAUACUUGAGAAGAUAGUUUGUAAUAAGCAGUUGUGUGAAUUCAUCAAACUGUCUAUUUGUUAGGCUUAUCCGGUAGCAGCAGCUGUAUGGAUGAAUGGAAUUCUUGCAUUUGUGGUUGAGGAUAAAUAACAACUUUUUCAUACAUUAUCUAA